AUGUCGGACGUUGUAAGCUCUUUGGUUUCUCCUGAACUGAAUUUAAAGCAAUAUGUUUGUAGUAAUGUGAACGAGAUAAUUCGAAUACUUGAAGGUCUAAGUCAUGAUCGGAAAGAAUAUGAUUAUGCUGUUUACAAAUUGGAACAAGUUGUUCAUAUUGGGGUCCGUAGUGACACGCAAGGCUUGUGGCAGCGAAUAUUUCCUGAUCAAUUUCUAAAUGAUUUUAUUGUUGCCUAUAAUAUACUUUCGGAAGAAGAAUCUCAGCCUAUGGAUGUAACGCACCGACCUUCAGUUGUCUAUACAGCAUCUCCUGGUCGCCCGUCAAUUGAUAUACCAAGAGAGACAUUAAAGAUGUACCUUAACUUUGGAUUUUCAUUAAUUAAAAUAUCAGAAAUGUUGGGUGUCAGUCGGAAAACAGUUAGCAGAAGAAUUGGGUUGUCAGAAGAAGUUCCUCGACAUACUGAAAUAUGA